GGGGCAUUAUGCGAAGAGAGGCCCCGAUAACGCCAUAUUGAAACCGUACUUAAUCUACUUGAGAUGGUAGUCGAGGCUGAUCAUGUACUCAUGCAUCUCCCUCUCUUCUUUACUUGUGACAAUCUUACCUGCGGGGAAUGCCUUGGAUGAUCGAUAAGUUAGUGGUAACGAGUAGAUGAGCACGGCAUGCUGGGGAUCGUGCAGGAUAUGGAAUUCUGCACGUGAUCGGCCGUGAUCAACAAGUCCGAUGCACCUUUGCACCAGCACCACAACAGCUCGUCCGGACGAUCCAUCGGCACACGCGCGUGAAGCCUCCGGAAGAUACGAUGGUGCUAGAACUCCAUGUUUGGGGGCCGGCAUUCUCCCUGCCGUCCAUCGAUGCGCAAUGUCUGGCGACCAUUGCCUAUCUGUCUCUCGCCCUACCCAAGGACGCGUGGGUGCUCGUCGCAAGUAGCGAUCCCUCGGUGUCUCCCACAAAUGAACUCCCUGCCCUCCGAAACGGCAACACCUGGGUCUCCCGCUUCCGCAACAUAGUCGACUAUCUCCGCCAAUACUCCGCGGGCGAUUGGGAUCUGGAUGCCGAAUUGACCGGACUCGAUCGCGCGGACAGUAUCGCAUUCACCUCCUUCCUCGACACGCAAUUCCCCCCUCUCCUCGCCCUCUCCCUCUACGUCACCAGCCAGAACUACUACAACUCCGUCCUCCCCGCCUACUCCUCGCAGAUCCUCACCUGGCCCUCGACCUGGCUCAUCCCCCCGCAGAUCCGCGCCGCCGCCAAGCGCGCCUCUGACCACCUCGGCCUCUCGUCGCUGGACCUGGUCGCCCUGGAGGAGGACCGCAAGCGCGAACACUCGGCCGCCGUCGCCGCGGGGCGCCUCCCGGCCUCCCUCCCGCUCCCCAGAGCCGCCCCCACGAUCACCUCGGGCCUGGCCACGACCCACCGCUUCCGCAUGGAGGCCGUCACAGCGGCGGCCUUCGAGCCCCUCGCGGCGAUGCUGCAGCCGGCCCAGAAGAACUACCUGCUCGGCGGGGACCGCCCCACGAGUGUCGACUGUCUCCUGCUCGGGUACGGGAGCCUCGCGGCGCUGGGGCCGGAGAGUCUGCAGGAUGCGUGGCUUGGGGAGGCGCUGCGGCAGAAGGCGCCGCGGGUGGUGGAGUGGGUGCGGCGCAUGCAGCGCGAGGCCGGGCUGGCCAGCCUACCGUGGCGGAAGCCCGAGCGACCCCGCUGGGUCACGGUGGGCAACACCCUGUGGAACACGGUGGCGGACGCGACGCCCAUCUGGCGGGAUAUCCGCGCCAACACCCGCAUGCGCGAGAUCGCGCACUCCCAGGAGGCGGAUCUGUCCGGGGAGGAGCGCACCGCAUUGGCCGAGUAUGUCACGGGGUAUAAGAAGGAUGUCUGGUUGUCGGUGGCGGUGGUCGUGGGCGGGGUGGCGGCGCUGGUGGGUUAUAUGAUGCAUGUGGGGUUGUUGGGCGGUGGGGAGGGAGGUGAGGAAUUUGAGGAGGAGGACGAAGAGGAGGAGGUGGAGGUGGUGCAGCCUGAGUUGCCGGUGAGUCUGAAUGCGACGGACUUCUUGGGGUCGUUGUCGUUCUAGUUAGGGGUGGGUUGUGCUGUGUACAUGUACGAUAGUUUGGUUGAUCGAUCUAGAAUCGAAUCGAGUCACCGUUCGAGUGGAUGUUUAUG